UUUUUGUCUUCUUCUUUUCUGCUAAAUUUUCCCACGCUAAAAUAGCAGAAAACUUAGUUCUUAGAUCUGCAAAAGAAAAAAAAAUGGAUUCUCUCUCAAGAAGUAGUGUGCUAGAACUUUUUGAUGAGAUAAUUGAAUGGAAGAGGAGGAGCAAAAACGACUGUUUUAACUGGACUCCAGAGCACCUAUCAGCUGUUCGACGAUAUGCCUCAAAGUCAAGCCUCAACUCGGACUCAACUCAGCUGGCCGCUGCUGAGUUUCUAAGUGAUACAGAAGACACAGCCAUGUUGGCGUGUUUCACGCAACACCUUCAGAAAUUCUUUAUGGUGCAGAGGCUAAUCGACGAGCACAGCAGCACCCUGAUCAGGAGAAAUGAACUCAUCGCAGCUUUUAUCGAUUUCCUUCUUCAAUUGCUGCAUCAUGAAACACCAGUUUUCCUUCUUGCAUUCGAGGAUCGAAUUCGCAGUCUCGACAAGGAGCUGCGGUUUCUCGUCGCGGUUCUCGGCGACACGAUAAUGCUGUACUGUGAAUGCGGUGCGCAUGAGCAACUACUACCCCAGGGUCUAGCGGCGGAAUUCGAAGCAGUGGCCGAUGAAGCCGGGAAGCUAGUGCAUUCGUUGUUCUUCUCCGUCGAUCCGUUUGUAUUCGAACCAACGUGUGAGAUGUUCGACGCUUUGCUCGAAAAUAUCGGCUUGUUGAAAUUCAGCAUCACCAUAUCCUCAGUCCUGCUGCCGCCUGCAUUCAUCGAAACAGAAACCAAUGCAGCUCCGAAGAAGACGGCGGCUACUACUGUGGAUUCAAUCUUCAUUGUUGACUCUCUCGUUCGUGAUCUUGACAACAUAUUGAAUCAGGACCGCAGUUUGAUUGUCGAUGUGAAGGGUCAAAUCAAAACACUGAAGCAGGAGCUAAUACUUUCGUCGUCUCUCCUCAAGGAUAUAAAGGUGCCUCCUUAUUCGGAGAUUGAAGGGUCGAUAGAAGCUGAUGUACGAGCAAGAGACGUGGCCUACGAAGCCGAAUUCUUGAUCACCUCGUUUUUGGUCGGAGAUGCUCCUCUCUGGUAUAUCUGCAUCAGGCUCCCUCAUGUUAUCCACAUGAUUAAGCUUAUCGGGACCGCACUCCAAGAAAUCAAAAACGAUUAUCACGACACUGGAGAAGCUUUUGCAAAGAGUUUCGGCGCACGGGUGUCGUUAGAAGGCAAGAGAAGCUCCGAUUUUGAUGACGUGGCGGUUGGUUUCGACGACAACGCAACGGAUAUUCUAGACCAACUCGUGGGAGGACGAAAGCAGCUGCAAAUAAUUUCAAUCCAUGGGAUGCCUGGAGUUGGUAAGACUACUUUUGCACAUAAGCUGUACAAUCAUCCAUUAGUUUGCCAUAGUUUUAGUACAUGCUCGUGGAGCGUCGUCUCCCAAACGUAUCACAGGCGAAGUCUGCUGAUCGAUAUUCUGAUUGGCUUAUCGAUUGAGCUCGACCAAAAUAGGAUCUUGAAUAUGGACGAAGAAAGUUUAGUCGAACGGAUCUAUAAAAAUUUAAAAGGAAGAAGAUACCUAGUUGUAAUGGAUGAUAUAUGGGAUUCGAAUCUUUGGUACGAUGUGCGGAGGUGUUUCCCGGACGAUGCGAACGGAAGCCGAAUACUGUUCACCACUAGGAAUCGAGAUUUGGCUCCACCUAACAGCUUGAUCCAUCAACUCCCCUUUUUAUCGGAAAAACAAUGCUGGGAGCUACUCGAGAAGAAGGUGUUCCACAAUAAACCUUGCCCGCAGCACUUGGUAGGGAUCGGAAAGGAAAUAGCUGCAAAUUGUUGCGGGCUACCACUCGCGGUAGUUGUUAUAGCUGGUAUCCUUUCUACCAUGGAUAAGGAAGAAAAUGCGUGGAAACAAGUGGGAGAAAACGUAGCUUCGUACAUCUCCUCUAGUGGAAACGGUUUCACAAUGCAAGUAUUGGAAUUCAGUUACAAACAUCUACCGGAGCAUCUGAAACCGUGCUUUCUUUAUUUUGGAGUAUUUCCAGAGGACAAAGAAAUACAAUCUCGGAAGUUGAUGAGGCUUUGGAUUGCUGAAGGAUUUAUACGCAAGGACGAGAAGAACAACAACGCAGAGGAUGCUGCUGAAGAGUAUUUAAUGGAACUAAUUGAUAGAAGCCUAGUCAUUGUUUCCGAGAAACGAUCGUAUGGUGGAGUCAAAUCUUGCGUUGUUCAUGAUCUACUGCGCGAGUUGUGCUUGAAAAAAGCCGAAGAAGAAAACUUCCUGCGAUUGGUGGUGGACGAUCACUACUCGGUAUACGAGAAAGGCCAACGCGUAGUAUCACUUGGAUCGUCGAUAGUUCCUUUUGGGCAGCAUUUACGCUCUUUCCAUGGCAACCUUCCGGAGUCGCCAAUUUAUGUUGCGAACAUGGCGUUACUUAGAGUCCUUGGUUUCAAUAAACUGAUUAAUCCCGGUCGUGAUUUAAUUGGAAUGGAGUUUCUCGUUCAAUUGAGGUACUUGGAAAUAACUGAUUUGCCGGAAUCGAUAGGCAGCCUUGUGAACCUAGAAUGUCUUAUUGUGAUAACUUCCCAGGAAAUAGUUAUACACUCGGUAGUUUUGAAAAUGACGAGGCUGAGAUACCUUCACUUAACCGACCAAGCAAGUUACGCCGAAGAUUGCGACAUCUCCCGAUCGAACAACAUACAGUCGCUUGGCCGUGUUAUGGUAACCCAUCUCGAGGAUGAAGAGAUGUUGAAAUGCUCCCCCCAUCUUCGCAAACUCAGAUGCGUAUGUCGACCGUUAUUAUACGCCGAAGAGGAUAAGAUCUCGUAUAGAUAUCCUAAUCUCCUCUUCUUCAGCCAGUUGGAAUCGCUUCACAUGAGCGGCUUCUACGAUUACGGGCCGCGAGUGGCGAAGAUCAGCUUCCCGGCGACUAUAAGAAAACUGACUAUAACUCGCUUGUGCUUGCCUUGGAAGAUGAUGUCAGCGAUUGGCGGGCUCCCGAAUCUCGUGGUUCUCAAGUUAAGAUGCGAUGCGUUUGUGGGAGCAAAAUGGAAGACGAAGGACGGUGAAUUUCCGCAGCUCAGAUUCUUGAAGAUGUAUAAGUUGGAUCUCCGUAAGUGGAAUGUGGAGUCGAGCGAGCAUUUCCCGAGGCUGCAAAGAUUGGUGCUGUUUGAUUGCUACAACCUGGAAGAGGUUCCCAGCGAAACCGGAGAUAUUGGAACGCUGCAGUUCAUCGAGCUACGAGGGUGGUGCCUCAAGACGCUUGUCGACUCUGCCGUAAAAAUCGAAGAGGAGCAACAUGAAAUGGGGAAUGAGGAGCUCAGGGUGCUAUUUGCUUAAUGCUUCUGAUGUAUCAUAUGGUAAAUAUAAGUUGAUUUGGACUUAUAAUUAUGUAUUUAAAUUUGUUAUACUAGAGCCUUGUUAUUAUUUUGAUAAAGAUAAUUUGAUUAUCAAAAUUAUGGGUUAACUAAUUCA